AUGAGCUCCCAUGCCUAUACUGGAGAUUGCUACUCCGCAGCCUGCCUGCAAAGUCGUUUGUGUGCAAUCAGGGCUCAAACCCUUAUUCAUGGUAAAUCAUCAACUCCGUUUACCUCUGCGAACGAUAAAAGACUGUCCUAUGCUUGGAAAUCUUUGCGACUGCCUAAAGAACUAAACGUAAAUGUGAAACACGUUGAGGUGCAAAGGAGUAGACUCCUGAUCAAUGCAAUCGCAACUCUUGAACCCAAGGCCAAGGGUUUAGUUCAGAAUAAAAAUGGACAAAAGGGUUGCGAUGUUACACACUUUGGUAUCGAUUCAAGUCUCCCGACAAUUGAACUCAAGUAUUCGAGUGAAGACGCGAAGGAAUUGGAUGAGAGAGAGAGGUCGAGAAGGCUGAGAAUAUCAAAAGCAAAUAAGGGUAACACACCGUGGAACAAAGGCAGGAAACACAGUGCUGAAACCCUUCAACGGAUUAGAGAGAGAACAAAGCUUGCAAUGCAGGAUCCUAAGGUCAGAUUGAAAUUAAGCAACCUAGGACAUGCUCAGAGCACAGAGACAAGGGUGAAAAUUGCACUUGGAGUUCGAUUGGGGUGGCAAAGGCUACGUGAGAAGCUGACAGUGCAGGAAGGUUGCUGCUUUGAGUGGCAGAAUCUAAUUGCAGAAGCAGCAAAACGAGGCUUUGUUGGUGAGGAAGAGCUGCAGUGGGAUUCCUACAAGAUAUUAGAUGAACAGCUCAAGAAGGAGUGGUUAGAGAGUGUUGAACAGAGGAAGAUGAUGGCUGGGCUAAAAGGUAGCAAGAGAACAACUAUGUCCCCUGAGCAAAGGCGGAAAAUUUCAGAAGCAAUCUCCGCCAAAUGGGCUAAUACUGACUACCGUGAUCGGGUCUGCGCUGGCUUGGCUAAACAUUAUGGGAUACCACCUAAUGCUGAAAGAAAUCCACAGAGAAGGUCAAGUAGUGGUAUACAGACGUCUAGAAGGAGCCCCACAAAAAAAAGAGAUUGUGCAACGGAUAAUUCUUCUAUGGUUGAGAAUAAAAUCCAAAAUCAACAAUUAAGGUUGAGGAGACAUAGUGAACCCCGUUACAAAGAUCCCAUGGCGAAUUCUAAGCUGGAGAUGAUAAAAAACAUUAGAGCAGAGAGGGCAGCUGCAGAAACUAAAAAAACUGUAGCUGUUGAACGAGCAAGGCUAUUGAUUGUUGAAGCUGAGAAGGCUGCCAAGGCCCUUGAGGUUGCUGCAAUGAAGAGCCCUGUUGCUCGAGCUUCCCUGAUGGAAACCAGAAAGCUUAUAGCUGAAGCAAUCCAAUUGAUUGAAUCCGUAGAGACUGGUCAGAACACUUCCCAUGAGGAUGGCGGUUACCCUUCAGUUGCCUCAAAAGGACUAAUUGGCCAGGUUGAGAAGGAUAGGAGUGAAAAAAUUGAAGUUUUAAACCAAGCAGAGCCAAGAGAAGUAAUUGGAGCCCCAAUGGUACAAAGAAAGGACGAGGACCUUAACUUUCGCAAGUUUGCCUUGCAUGAUCUACUGAACAGUGAGGAUGAACUUUUCCCAACCAGCUUCAGUGGCUCUGGCUCGUCUCCUUUCAGUUUUGAGAGUCUAAUGAAGCAAUCAGGUUCAAUAAAUCGCCAUGACCAACCAAAACUAAACCAGCAUAGCGACUAUGGAAGACGACCUCUACCAAAUGGAGACAAAGUUGAGUCUCUGAAAGAGGAAACACGUUCUGAGUCAGUUGCCGUAAUAAAAAAAUGGGUUCGUGGAAGGCUCAUUGAAGUGGCGAAGAGCACAGUGUUAGCGCAAGAAACAUCAUAAAUUAUAACACCAUUCAUAUUUCAGUUUGCCGAACAUAUGAAUGUACAAUGCAAGUCUUUGAUCU